AUGGCGAAGCUCGCAACUCUUGGUCGCAGUGUGCUUAGAUUCCCAAAUGGAAGCAUGAGGCUUGUUAUGGUAACAAUUAUUGGAGCAGUCCUUGGCUUUUUCAUUGGAAUUUCAUUCCCUUCGGUCAGCAUAACAAAGCUUCACUUUCCAGCUAGCUUUGUUUCAUACAUUGAAGACAAAAACUCUGGACUCACAACCCAAGCUAUACUCAAUCAUGCUUGGACUUCUGCCAGAAACGCAAGGGGAAACGGUACCGAACCAACUUCAAACAGUACCUUAAAGAUUUAUGUCCCAACGAACCCCAAGGGUGCAGAGGGGCUAGCACCACGUAUCGUUGUAUCAGAGUCUGACUUCCAUUUGCGCAGGUUAUGGGGAGACCCAAGUGAGGACCUGCCUUUCAAACCAAAGUACCUUGUUACCUUUACUGUUGGAGUUGAGCAGAAAGAAAAUAUAAACAGAGCUGUGAAGAAGUUUUCUGACAAUUUUGCUAUUCUGUUAUUCCACUAUGAUGGUCGGGUGAGUGAGUGGGAUGAAUUUGAGUGGUCCCAGCGAGCUAUCCAUAUUAGUGUCAGGAAACAAACUAAAUGGUGGUAUGCCAAAAGAUUCCUGCAUCCUGAUAUUGUGGCAGCUUAUGAGUACAUAUUCAUCUGGGAUGAGGACCUUGGGGUUGAGCAUUUUAAUGCAGAGGAGUACAUCAAACUUGUUAAGAAGCAUAAUUUGGCCAUCUCUCAACCUGGAUUAGAGCCUGAUCGGGGUUUAACAUGGCAGAUGACCAAAAGAAGAGGUGACAGUGAGGUUCACAAGGAUACAGAGGAGAGGCGGGAUGGUGCUCUGACCCUCAUCUUCCACCUUGUGCUGCGUAUGUGUUUUGUUGAAAUAAUGGCUCCAGUCUUCUCAAGGGAUGCAUGGAGAUGUGUGUGGCAUAUGAUUCAGAAUGACUUGGUUCAUGGUUGGGGCUUGGAUUUUGCUCUCAGGAAAUGUGUGGAGCCUGCUCAUGAAAAGAUUGGAGUUGUUGAUUCACAGUGGAUCGUUCACCAAGUGGUUCCUUCUCUGGGGAACCAGGGGCAGUCAGAAAACGGAAGAGCGUCAUGGGAAGGGGUGAGGGCGCGGUGCAGGAAGGAAUGGGGCAUGUUCCAGACGAGGAUGGCGGAGGCAGAGAAGGCGUAUUACAAGAUGAUGGGCAUCACCCCUCCAAACUCCACGCUUGUCUAG